CUGUACACUCGCCUACAUAACUUUGGAAAUGUUGAUCUGCUGUAUUGAAGGCUGCGAAUUCAACAAUUUGAUUUCCAAUGAUGAGCAUAUUAGGUGCUGGUUGUGUGAUGAAUAUGCUCACGCAAAGUGCGCGGGCAUAACUAAUAAUGUAGUGGAAAUUAUUGAAGGAAGAAGUGGACUCAAAUGGACCUGUGAAAACUGCAGAGUGAUCAAAUCUCAGAUGGGAAGAUUUAUGAAACAAACGCGUACGGAAAUUACCGAACUCUUUAAAGAAAUUCGAGCUGUCCAUGACAAGUUGGCGAAGCUGGAAUCGCAUCUUACAUCUCUCGACCCCCAAGUGCCAGCUUUCCCUGUGGACGCUGAUUUUAGAUCUAACACCUGUAAAAACACACCACCUACUUUUGGGGAUACUAAUGAUGACAAAGAAGUUGAAGAAACCGAGUCAUCGAAUGUUAAACACAAUGCUACGGGUAUGCACCUAGUGAAAAUAUGGCAUCAUAAUGCGGCUCCUGUGGUACUACCUCUACAUCCCAAUCCGGAUACUCUCAUAGCUGUUCCUCCAAUGAAAGCUGUGUUCGUAUCUAGGCUUAUAACUUCAACUACUGAAGACGCUCUUAAGCACUACAUAGUUGCCAAACUCUCUCAUCCCAAUCCCGAUGACAUCAUAGUGAGAAAAAUAUAUAAUAAACAAAGACGAAAAAUUGCAUCGUUUAAAGUGAUGGCACCCGAUUUUAUAUAUUACAUGAUUUUAAAUCCGGGAUUUUGGCCUGAACAUAUCAUUGUGCACGAGUUUAUCAAAAAAAGCCAUCUCCAAACCAAUGACCAACCAAUCUUCACAAAAUAUUGUUAA